AAGUACUGGAUUGUGAACGACGCGAGGUACAGCGGUUUACAUUAUGUUGAUCAGGCUGCGCUCAUAUGUACUCGUCAUACGCGGAAAUUAUAACUUCAGUGACUCAGUGUAUUUGGGUGAAAUUCCUGUGUAUGCGAUAGUUGUAACUAUCAUAUCACUAAAAAUCACGACACAGAGGCGACACACCACUGCGAAUCAAGUCAACCCACGGACAGGGAACUGUUUGUUUCGCGAUCCCUUCUUUCCACAAUCUCAUGUCAGGAUCUGGCUUUUGUCUUGCGGAAACAUAUUCUGAAGACAAUAUGGCCACGCGAGAUGUUCCAGAUCAUGGGGGAUACGCCGCCAGACCCCAAGACCACACCUUGGCUAUGCCCAUCCGUAGUGGUGGGGGGAACAUGAUGUUCGGCCCGCGGGCCCGACUGUAUACCCACCAGUCUGUUGCCAACAGUGAGUACUCGGACUACUACGGAUAUUACGAGAUGUACGCCCCAGUUACUGCCGCGGACAUAAAGGAAGUGAAGACACUAAGUAGGAGUUUGUUCAAGCUGAAGAUUGCCUACGUUGUCCUGACUCUGUUUAUUGUGCUUAGUAUUGUAGCGUUCAUCCUCAUGAAUCCAUCUGUGUCGCCAUUCCUGCACCGCGAGGAACCCAUCCGCUCAGUGCGUCUGGCGUGUAAUAUCCUGGAGAGUAUCUGUGGAGCGACAACUUCGGCCAUUAAAGACACCCGGCUUCCCACAGAUCUAAACAUGUGCCACCUGAAAAAUGUGGAACAAAUUAUCAAGCUUAUACCCAAAUGUAAGGGGAACACAAAGAGCUGAACUAAAUAUUUCCGGCGGAUCUGUGUGUAUCUGUGACGCUGGACACAGCUGUGUGAGAUGGUAGUGUGUGCUGACGUCCACCUUCCGUGCUGCUCCGAUACCACAGGUUGUUUCAGGUCAGGAGGAACAAACUCGCUGACUCAGUGUGCAAUGAUGUCACUACAAGGAACUCGAUAAUGAAAUAUCAGCGACAUUAUGUUUUGUGAAUGAGACCCAUCUUCACACUUCCCAUAAUUUGACAACUUGUGCAAUGUUCCCAUUCACGUGGCCUGUCACACGUGCUGCGCGACCUUUACCUCUGUAUAUACUUGACUUAGAUAGGGUUAUAUGUCAGCACAGCUUGUCAACACAAGUUAUCAUAACAUCGCGGCAGUCCUUGACGGUGUAUAUUCUGUAAAGACUGCACUAUGUGUAUGGAGAAUCUUUAGGGCCAGAUACACACCGAAAUUAUGCUCCUUUCUCUAUUUAUAUCCGGGAUUUGAAAUGUUCAAAUUUGCUUUGGCGGCAUUUUUCCCAAUAGGUUACAUCAGACUGGGGUUAAGUGUUAAAACGAAUAGAUAUUGGCCUCAGUAACUGUGUGCCAAAUUUCAAACUUGUACAGCCAUAUGCACCAGUCUGGCCUAUCUGGGACUAAAGCCUCCAGAUACAUUGUAUACUUGAAAUAGCAAUGUUUCGGCAGUAUAUCAACAUUGACCAACGAGGAUGUGUCUCUUCUAUAUUGUUUUGAUAUAUUUGCCUUGUUACCAUUAAAAACAUGAAAUGAU